ACGAGUCUAGGGAUAUAACAGGGGAAACUGCACCUACCCAAGAGCUCCUUCCAUAGCAGAAGGCCAACAAAACUGAUUUCGUCGGCCGUCUCUGUUUCUCCGUCGAUCCGCCAAUCGGAGAUUAAACCGCCGAAUCUCAACCUCCCAAAGCUUGUAUUACACGUAGGCCACCGGAUAAUUUCAGAUACAAAAGUUCGGAAUUCGAACGAUGGAUUUGGAUCUGUGGAUAUCUAAGGUCAAAGAGGGACAGCACUUGUCCGAAGAUGAAUUGCAGUUGUUAUGCGAAUACGUAAAGGACAUCUUGAUCGAGGAGUCAAAUGUUCAGCCAGUUAAUAGUCCAGUUACUGUGUGUGGUGAUAUUCAUGGCCAAUUUCAUGACUUGAUGAAGCUUUUUCAGACUGGAGGUCAUGUACCUGAGACAAAUUACAUUUUUAUGGGGGACUUUGUUGACCGUGGUUACAACAGUUUGGAGGUUUUCACAAUACUUUUGCUUCUUAAAGCCAGAUACCCUGCAAACAUUACUCUUCUGCGUGGAAACCAUGAAAGCAGGCAGUUAACACAGGUGUAUGGAUUCUACGAUGAAUGUCAGAGAAAGUAUGGGAAUGCUAAUGCAUGGAGAUACUGCACAGAUGUUUUUGAUUAUCUAACUUUGUCAGCAAUAAUAGAUGGAACAGUAUUAUGCGUUCAUGGUGGUCUUUCACCAGACAUUAGGACCAUUGACCAGAUUAGAGUUAUUGAGCGCAACUGUGAGAUACCCCAUGAAGGUCCAUUCUGUGACCUAAUGUGGAGUGACCCUGAAGACAUUGAAACAUGGGCGGUCAGUCCUCGUGGAGCUGGAUGGCUUUUUGGAUCCAGAGUUACAUCUGAGUUCAACCACAUCAACAAGCUUGAUUUAGUUUGCCGGGCCCACCAACUUGUUCAGGAAGGUUUAAAGUACAUGUUUCAAGAUAAAGGACUUGUAACUGUCUGGUCUGCACCAAAUUACUGCUAUCGGUGUGGUAACGUGGCUUCAAUUUUGAGCUUUAGUGAAAACAUGGAGAGAGAAGUAAAGUUUUUCACAGAAACUGAAGAAAACAAUCAGAUGAGAGGACCAAGGACAGGGGUACCUUACUUUUUGUAAGAAAGGAAAGAAGAAAGAAAGAAAUAUGUUUUCUCAAGAUAUGAUGACGAUGAUGAUGAUGAUGAUUUUUGGGUAUUUUCUUUACAUUGCUUGUUUAUUGUGUUCCAUAAUUAAUCAUAUUCAUGUGUUGUUGAUAUUCUAUUCUGCUAGUAGACUCUGUAAUGUAACUUCUCUCCAUCAUUUGACUUUUCAUUAAAUACCUACCUACCUACUUAUAUUUUCAGAA